CAUUGAAUCAUUGAUAAUCGGGCAUCAAUGAUACUAAAAAAAAGAAGAAAAUCAAAUAUAUAAAGAAAGAAGGCGAGUCAUUUUAUGACAACGAGAAACAGAACAUCAUCACUACCAAACAUUUUCCAGCUCAGUUUCUUGAACAUACAGCAGUUAAUCUCUCUAGAACAAUUUUUUUUGUUUCCUCUCUCUUAAAUAACCAAGAGUUGAGGAUCAUUCUGAUUCUCUUGUAACCUUUAGUUGUUGUACCUGACGUUAUGGCUGAAGAGGAACCAAAGAAGGUGACAGAGACCGUGUCAGAACCAACUCCAACACCGGAAGUUCCGGUUGAGAAACCUGUUGCUGCGGGAGAUGUUAUUCCUCAGGAGAAACCUGUUGUUGCUCCUCAAGAGAAGCCUGUGGCUCCACCUCCCGUUCUUCCAUCUCCGGCGCCGGCGGAGGAGAAGCUAGGGGACUCCAAGGCUCUUGUUCCCGUUGUCGCUAAGGAAGUAGAGGAAGAGAAGAAAGAAGGAUCAGUUCAUCGAGAUGCUGUUCUGGCUAGAGUUGAGACAGAGAAGAGGAUGUCACUUAUCAAAGCUUGGGAAGAGGCUGAGAAAUGCAAAGUGGAGAACAAAGCUGAGAAGAAGCUUUCUUCAAUUGGGUCAUGGGAGAACAACAAGAAAGCAGCUGUGGAAGCUGAGCUCAAGAAAAUGGAGGAGCAUUUGGAGAAGAAGAAGGCAGAGUAUGUGGAGCUGAUGAAAAACAAAAUAGCUCAAAUUCACAAGGAAGCUGAAGAAAAGAGAGCGAUGAUCGAAGCUAAGCGUGGAGAAGAAAUUCUCAAAGCCGAGGAAUUAGCUGCCAAAUAUCGUGCCACUGGAACCGCUCCCAAAAAGCUUUUUGGAUGCAUAUGAUCUAAUCAUCUCGAAUGGGAAACACAUGAAUAUGGUGUUGAUGUAAUGACGUUUUUAGUUUGCUAAAUAUGGGUUUAAUUUGGCAACAUAGAAAAUUAUAAGGUCAUAUGCAAACAUUACAUAUUGAUUGGGGUGCGUUUGUUAAUUUAAUAUUGUAUUUGUACAACUCUUUUCAUUGAAAGUUUUUUUCUUAGCUUUAUGAA